UAGGUAGUUUUGUUGCCGAGUGUUUUUUCUAUACUUCGUGCUUGUUUUCGAGCACAAUUGUAAAACAUCUAAAUAAUAAUACUAAUGCUUGUAUUCACAAAAUAAGGAUUGAAAGAAAAAUAUCUUGAAUUAUAUUUGAGUGUCAUACCACAAUGGUUCUAUUUACGAAGAUCAUUUUUCUUAGCCUUUUUCUGAAGGGAGCACUCUCAAGCACGUCCGAAAAAGCGAACCUCUACUUGGACACCCUGCUCAGCGAUCUUUUGCCAAACGCAGUUCGUGCCCUCAACCUAGAUCCUGCACCAGUUUCAUCCACCAACGUGACGGUGCCCUCCACCGGAUUCACGAACCAUGAUCUGAGGGUCGUCCUCACAAAUAUACGACUGCACGGACUGGCGAGUAGACUGCGUCGCCGCGGCGACUGCAACGAGCCCGCAUGGAAAGGCGCUAGUCUGACCACUUCCUGCUAUGUGAGCUUGGAUGGGCUUCGACUUAGCUACGACGCAUCCGCCCGAGGUUUUGACUGGCUCGGAUCCCGCGUCAAAUUUGCUUUCCAGGCUGUGCUUUCCAAGGCAAACGCCUACAUCGACGUCACCAGCGCAUUCGGUGGUCACGCUACUCUAAAAACUCUGCGUGCUCCCGACCUCAAGUUCAAAGUAACCCAGGACCGGCGGAUUAAUCUGAACCCACUCAGGCAACGCACACUGGAGGGGCGCAUCGCCCAGAUCUCUCGCCUGUCUCUCGUUAAUGUUCUUCAAGGCAAGUUCAAGGAGGCUUUCAACGAUGCUUUGGCGAUGGCACCGUUCCCAGGGGCAUGAAGCGUGGCUCGCGAAAAUUGUUCAAUAAAAUGUCAACAAUAACGUC